CAUUCGCGGGAACUCUUGGGAACUCACAGCCACCCGCACCGAUACGUGGCUUACACUCACCUUGGCCACAGUUGUGGAACGAUCAUCGCACAAGUUAGACAGAAUCCUUUUGCAAGAAAAGGCUCGACAUGGCGAACUACCUAGCAAAAUUCCAAUCUGCUGCAACCAAGGUUGGCAUUCAGGCUACCGCAUUCGCACAAGAUGCUGGUAGGCAGAUCAACGAGCAGGCCAAUCUUGCCAGGGCUGGAUUCUCACUUCCAAAGGAGUGCGAGAAGGCAGCCAAGAUCCUCGAAGCAUUCGUAGCCAAUCCAGACCACCCGGACUCUGCUCUCAACUCCAUUCCCAAGGCGGUGCUUCAGAAUGCCAAGGGUCUGGCCGUUUUCAGCGUCAUCAAAGCCGCGCAGGGUUUCGUCUGGUCGGGCAGAGCUGGUAGUGGUGUAGUGAUCGCUCGCUUGCCGGACGGGAGCUGGUCGGCGCCAAGCUGCAUCGCUACAGGUGGAGCAGGAUUCGGUCUGCAGAUAGGUGCUGAAAUCUCCGACUUCGUCGUCGUCAUGAACUCAGAGGACGCUGUGCGAUCCUUUGCUCUCGCUGGCAACUUGACCAUCGGAGGCAACAUGUCUGCUGCGGCCGGGCCUAUUGGUGUCGGAGCAGGUGCUCAAGCCGCCUUGGCGCAUCCGGCUCCCAUGUUCAGCUAUUCAAGGUCAAAGGGCCUAUACGCGGGCAUUUCCUUAGACGGAUCUAUUCUUGUGGAGAGGAAGGAUGCCAACAAGGAGUUCUACGGAAGUCCAAUUCCUGCCGCUGACUUGCUCACUGGCAAAGUGCCAGCUCCCGAAGCUGCUAGCAAUCUGUACGAAGUGGUCGAGGCUGCCGAAGCAGUCGAUGAAAGCGGCUUGCCCCAACAAGCAUACGUGCCGACUCCUGGCGGAGGAGCUCAGUCGGUCGCUCAGGCCUACAAUCUGAGCGGCGAUAAAGCGGCUUCUGCAGGCAGCGGACCCGGCGCGACUGGCUCUCAGCCUUCAGCUUCUGCGUCUGGCGGAGCCAACACCAUUUUUGAUGCCGGAGCAGCAACCGACAAGACGGGCUGAAUCAGCUCGCGUUCACCGCAUACUGCUUUGGUCAAUUUCAGCGGCUUGUGCCGACAUAGGCACUUCUUUGUGCCAGCAUCGGCUUCUUCCAUCCCUAAUUACGCGCAUUCUACAUGUCAAGCUCGCACUCUCAAUCUCGUAUCCAGAAGACAGAGACAGCUCUUUCACAAUGUUCGCGGAAGCCUCUUUGUGAAAAGACACCCUUUCGACGAGU